AAAGUAAAAAUUGCCGAAUUUGUCCCCUGGCACGCCGAGCGAGGACGUCUGACUUGGCGCAAAACAGCAGACAAACGGCAACGAUACUCCUUAUCAGCACAAGUAUCGAAACGUUGCUUUGAAAUUCAGGGCCUACAACGAAAACAUGCCAUGACUCAGACCUCGCAUCGAGUCCUCCUUUGUCAACGAAAGACCCACUUAGCUUGAUCUGCAACUCUCGACCACAGCUAUGCCCCAAAAUGACUAUGCAUCUAUCGAAACGCAUCAUCCUCUUCAAUCAUUCGCUUUUACCAAAAACCUCUUUCACCCCGCGUGACGUCGCUUACCUCAGUAUCGCGCACCUCGCCAUCCGUCUUGGUCAUCCCUCUCUCCCUCUACUGUCGCGUCCCGCAAUCUGUCACGCUUCUCCGGGUGAACAUCAUCCGCAUUCAGUUACAAGACUGCAAUCGAUGUCCUUGCACCAGAUCUGCUUCAUGUCUGGCACCACUAGAGUGAAUGGAUCAUGGGCGCUAGAUUGCUCUUUGGCAGUCUUCGAGGAUAUGUGAAUCACAUAAUGAGUAUCGGCGGGCGUGAGAACCAGCUCGAUCGGGUGGUCGCUUCGGCUCCUGAGACGUCGCAUUGUGGUAUCAGAGGUCACAGCAUGUGGUAUCAGAGGUCACAGCAUUGCUGAAUACAGCUGGAAAGGUCAACGGCGUGACCAAGUGUCUGGGUAUUACGAGAUGUUGCCUUUGGCUGCACAGUCUAGUC